CCUCUCCGGGCCGUGUCUGUGCUGUGCUGCCUGACUGCUGUGUGCUGGCGUGGUCUGAGCCGGGAAGUUCAAGUGCGAGGAGGCGCGCCAUGUCUCAGGUAUGGUAGGCGGAUUUUGACUUGGGUGGGUAGCCGGUGCAUCUGCCUCUGCUCUCUUCUGAGCUCACCAAGAAGUCUUCGCCCAGCCCCACUGCCCACUGUCAAGGACACGGAGCGUGGGCAGCGCCUCCCAGGCCUCUGCUCGGUCACAGUCCCCGUGCUCAGAUGGACAUGUGAACCUGCAGUGGACGAUGACCGCAGUGUGUGCGAAUGGAGGUGGCCUGGUGAACCCCCACCGUGCCCGAUGGGAUCAGCAGCGAGACAGUGUGGAAAGUAGCUGUCAGACGGAGGAGUGUGGCGAGGAAGAGGCGGAGGAGGCGGAGGAGGAGGAGGAGGAAGAGGAGGAGGGACAGCCUCUCCAGCUGACGCCCUUUGAGAAGCUGACACAGGACAUGUCCCAGGAUGAGAAGGUGGUGAAAGAGAUCACCUUGGGGAAACGCAUCGGCUUCUACAGAAUCCGAGGGGAAAUCGGGAGUGGGAACUUCUCCCAAGUCAAGCUGGGGAUCCACUCUCUAACCAAAGAAAAGGUGGCCAUUAAGAUCCUGGACAAGACCAAGUUAGACCAGAAAACGCAAAGGCUGCUGUCCCGGGAAAUCUCCAGCAUGGAGAAGCUGCACCACCCCAACAUCAUCCGGCUCUAUGAGGUGGUGGAGACGCUCUCCAGGCUCCACUUGGUGAUGGAGUAUGCGGCGGGCGGAGAGCUCUUUGGGAAAAUCAGCACCGAAGGGAAGCUGUCCGAAGCGGAAAGCAAGCUGGUAUUCUCCCAGAUCGUGUCGGCCGUCCAGCACAUGCACGAAAACCAAAUCAUUCACAGAGACCUGAAAGCGGAAAACGUCUUCUACACCAGUAACACCUGCGUGAAGGUGGGCGACUUCGGCUUCAGCACCGUGAGUAAGAAAGGCGAGAUGCUCAACACCUUCUGCGGCUCCCCGCCCUACGCGGCCCCCGAGCUCUUCCGAGAUGAGCACUACGUGGGCAUCUACGUGGACAUCUGGGCCCUGGGAGUCCUCCUCUACUUCAUGGUGACCGGCACCAUGCCCUUCCGGGCCGAGACGGUGGCCAAGCUGAAGAGGAGCAUUCUGGAGGGCGCCUACAGCGUGCCCCCACACGUGUCCGAGGCCUGCCUGCGCCUCAUCCGGGGCGUGCUCCAGCCCACCCCCACAGACAGGUACGGGAUGGACUCCAUCAGGAACGACGAGUGGAUGCGGGGGGUCCCUUACCCCACCCCUCUGGAACCUUUCCGGCUGGACCCUAAACACCUGUCAGAGAUGAGCACCCUCAGAGAAGAAGAACACGAGGUCAGAAGCACUUUGGAACACUUGGGCAUCACGGAGGAGCACAUUCGAAACAACCGGAGCCGAGACGCCCGGAGCGCCAUCACCGGGGUCUACCGGAUCAUUCUGCACCAGGUGCAGAGGAGAACGGCGUCAGAGAGUGUCCCCGUGAUGAUCCUGCCGGGCCCCAAGGAGAAGGACCUCAAGAAAGGUUCCCGUGUCUACAGAAGCCUAAGACAUACGUCCAAAUUUUGCUCGAUCUUAUGAACAGCAUCAGGUGACGGAGAGAUGGACCAAAGAUCAUUGUGGCUGCUUUCAGUUUUGUUUUUUUCCGCAAGGACUACGGGGGUGGAGACAUUUUUGUAAUUUUUAGAUAAAUUCAAAGUUAACAAAUGCAUUCUUUUACCCUCCUCACAAUAAUAAUAAUAAUAUCCUGCUAGCUUA